AUGGCGUUUGCGCCGGACGACGCGCGCGGCCCGUGCGGCGGCUUCUUCGACCUCGCGCUGCUGGGCAUGGGCCCGGACGGCCACACGGCGUCGCUCUUCCCGGGCCACCCGGAGAUGGACCGCGCGGACGGCGCGGUGGCCGCGGUCGUCGCGGACUCGCCGAAGCCGCCGCCGGAGCGCGUCACGCGCGUCGACCCGCGUUCCUCGUCUUUUUUCCGCGCGACCGCCGUCGCCAGGUUCACGCUGAAGACGCUCCGCGAGGCGAGGCACGUCGCCUUCGUCUGCACGGGCGCGUCCAAGGCCAAGGUCGUCGCGGAGAUCAUGCGCCUCUCGCCCGACGCCCAGGCCUACGCCUACGCCGACCCCCCGGCGCCCUACCCGGCGGCCCGCGUCCGCGCGGCCGACGGCGCCGCGACCUGGUUCCUCGACGGCGGCGCCGCGAGCGGCUUCGGCGGGACGGCCUAG